AUGUCGCAGAUCUUUGAAUGGGCCUUCGGGAAGAAGCUCACUCCGCAGGAACGGCUUCGAAAGAAUCAAAGAGCAUUGGAAAAGACGCAGAGGGAACUCAGUCGGGAAGUGACCAAGUUGCAGCAGCAAGAAAAGAAGCUCAUCAGUGAGAUUAAAAAGUCGGCGAAACAGGGGCAGAUUUCCAGUGCCAAGAUCCAAGCAAAGGAUUUGAUUAGAACCAAGUCGUACAUUCAAAAGUUCAACUCCAUGAAGGCGCAACUACAGGCGAUAUCGUUGCGUGUGCAAAGUGUACGGUCCAACCAGCAGAUGGCCAUGUCAAUGAGGGACGCUACACGCGUGUUGAGUGGUAUGAACAGGUCAAUGAACUUGCCUCAGCUAUCGAGAAUCGCGCAGGAGUUUGCCAAGGAGAACGACAUGAUGGACCAGAAACAGGAGUUUAUGGAUGACGCCAUUGACGACGCCAUGGCGAUGGACGAGGACGAGUUGGGCGAGGAAGAGCAGAUUGACGAGAUCUUGGGCAAGGUGCUUGACGAGAUUGGGGUUGACUUGAACCUGAACUUGAAUCUAAAGGACACGCCCACGGGUGCGCCCUCACAUGGAGAAGCUGUGGGUAAAGUAGCUGAGAGCGUGGGUGCCCACGGCGGUGCCGAGACCGUGGAGGACGACUUGCAAGCUAGAUUGGACAGUUUAAAGAAGUAA